CCAUCUUGUCUUGUGACAAUCUCUUUAGUUCAGGCCGGUGGUUGCGCAGUCACGUCGAUUUCUUACACAUUUUAGGCGUUAGCUGGCAUAGAGACUGUAAUGCAGUUGAAUGUUGUCCAGAAAUUUCCCAAAUGGAUAAUUGAGGUUUAAACGUUGUACUUUGACGAGUAUCAUCUCCUUGGAACUUCCAGAUUUGAUUUUGAACGACUUUUGCUAUUCCCUUGGAGAUUUUGUUCUUCUCGUCCAUUUAUCGCAGUUGAAGGCUACAGCGCCGGCGCGGAUUGCACCUGGAAGAGCAGCUUUUUCAGCAGGAAGAAGGAAAUGAGUGAAGAGGUUCAGCACGUUACUCAAGUUUCUCUGGAUUUGCAUUUAGGGCAAUGCACAGUGAUCCACAGGGAUAUACGCACGGGAAAGAUCAUUAAUCUCUAUGUUGAGAGCUUUAAAGAGGUGCAUACAGGCCGCCCAGACCCGAAGAAUGUCGAGAAUGUGGCAGACUUUGAGGGACAUACAUGCCACUCUAAUGUUUGCAAAGGCUACUCUGAGGAUGCAUACACCGAGAAUGGUGAGGGUAAUGGAUUUUUAGAGCAUACAACUGACCCGGCAGCAGUCACAGAGUCGCCGGAUAGCGACUAUGAAUGUUGUGGGCAAGGUGACCAUUAUGAAUAUGUGCAAGGGAAACUCCAUCAAGAACAAGAAUCCGACUAUCUUGCGUAUGUGCCGUUUGAAAAUUCAGAGGGCUCCACAGAUGUGCAGUUGGACUGCUCUGACGAGGACUAUUCCGACAAACUCACUGUAAAUCUUGAGAGUGAAGAGCAUGAUGAAAAGGAAUGCGAGACCUCAUCUCCGCCCGCUAGCGUUUUGGACGACAAUAGACCCAAAAGGAGGAUAGCGGUCAACAAUGUAACACCGACCUUUGCACUUGGAAGGUACGAGGUCUAUGAGCACAUCAUUCCAGACUCCGUCGAGUCCUGCAAGGUUAAUUACGGCGGUCUUAUUCAGGAGAUUCCUGUGGUUCUCGAGGAUUCCGAAGAGGUUAAUGUGAGAUUUAGAGACAAAAUACAUACCAGUGCCCAUAGCGCCAAGAGGGUCUUUGUUUACUUUUGCAAGGAUACCCCGCUCUUGAUAUACAUCAAGGCGCCCGAGGGUAAGGGAAGGGGACGUUGGCUCAAAAACAGACAAGAUGGCGGAGCCUGGGAAGUUGUGGAAUAUCCUCCAGCCAACGAGUACGCAUAUAGGGACAUUGUUGACGUUCUGGAUACUCUUGAGAGCGACUGCGGACCUCCCUGUGUAAUCGUUGACAUAUCGCAAAAGGAAGGUGCAUAUGUGGAUCCGGAUUCCCCUAGCAAGCACCAAAUUACAGUUGUAAAGAACGUCGGUCCGCAGUCUGAAGUACCGGACAAUUAUAUAAUGUAUGAUCACACCAUUGAAGGCAGAAGCUACUUUACCAUGGCCACGGCAAAGUGCGCAGGGGAAACUAUAGACAUUAUUCGGAACAUUGACAAGGUUACCCGGGUAUCAGUCUAUUACUGGGAACAUGACAACCACUACAACAUGCCGCUUGUAAUGAGAGUAUCUAGGCACGCUGGAGACGAAUGGCACGAGAACGGAGGCUCUCCCAAGAAUACAAAGUGGAACGCACUUCCAGAUUUUUCCGCCUAG